UCUUUUUUUUUUCAAUCCUGGACGAAAGACAGCGGCGUCAGGGGAGGCAGACGGUGAAUUGUCGACUUUGAACAAGAAGCUGCUUGGUGCUUUACAUCCUUUCGCUCGUGCAAAGACGCCCUCAACAUGUUGAUUCGAGAAUUCCGAAUCGUCCUGCCCGUGUCAGUGGAUGAGUAUCAAGUGGGCCAGCUGUAUACGGUAGCAGAAGCCAGCAAGAAUGAGACCGGUGGAGGAGAGGGUGUCGAAGUGGUGGUCAAUGAGCCCUAUGAAGAAAACGGGGAGAAGGGACAGUUUACCCACAAGAUCUACCACCUCAAGAGUAAAGUGCCAACCAUCGUGCGACGGCUUGCUCCAAAGGGAUCUCUUGAGGUCCAUGAGAAGGCCUGGAAUGCAUAUCCCUACUGCAGAACCAUUCUCACUAACUCAUACAUGAAGGACACUUUUGAAAUUAAGGUUGAGACUUGGCACAAGCCGGACAUGGGAGAAAAGGAGAAUAUACACGGACACGAGAAAUGGGAUAAAGCUCAGGUUAUACACAUCGACAUUGCUGACCCUGUCAGUGACAAGGAGUACAAAGCAGAUCAGGAUCCCGCCAAAUUUAAGUCUGCAAAAACUGGAAGGGGGCCCCUGGGACCUGAAUGGAAGAAAGACAUUCUCAACGACCCCAGCUGUCCACAUAUGUGUGCCUAUAAACUCGUCACGAUAGAGUUUAAGUGGAGGGGCCUGCAGUCAAUGGUGGAAAACAUCAUUCUAAAGGCGGAGAGGCGCAUUUUCACCCACUUCCACAGACAGCUAUUCUGCUCGAUUGACAAAUGGAUCGAUCUUUCCAUGGAUGACAUCCGAAAAAUGGAGGAAGAGACAAAAAAGGAGCUGGAUGAGAUGAGACAAAAUGGUGAAGUUAAAGGCAUGGCCAUUGAUGACUGAGGGGGGUAAGCAAUUUUCUUUGUCCAGUUGGUGCUCUUCAUACAGACUGUACCCUUGAAACACUGGACCGAGCCCUCCCCUUUCUGAUUCGAGAAGGCUACAGUUCCUUUAUAGAAGCUUAUAAUUAUACAUUCUAAAGCAGUUUGGGAAAAAAAAAAUGGUAGCAUCAGUCAACAAGUUUGCGAGGUGUUUGAACCUUGUAAAUUUACUGGCAUAAAGCACCAUAUACCAGUUAUACUGUCAGUGAUUUGUCAUGUCUGAAUUGCACUCGAUUGAUACAUUACCAUUUUAUUGUUGUAUGGUCUCCAAAAGACAAAGUUGUUUGACUUUUUGUUGCUUUCUCCUUUAAUACAAUGAAACGUGUUGCUUUUGAGACUUGUUAUGGCCGUUCCUAUUGUUUGGGGUUUACAGACGAUCCUUUUAGUAUCUUUUGAAGGAUUCGAUGUCAUCAUUUGAGUAACCACAAGAAAAACCACAACUUAUAUGUUCUAUUAAAACUCCCUGAUAUUAAGUACUGUAUUUAUUUCCAUUUUCAAAGGAUCAUUCAGAGGUGGAGGAAAAUGCUGAUGUAAUGGCUAGGUGAGCUAAUUGAUGUUUUGUGCACUCGAACUUUUCUUUCUUUUUUUUUUUUUGUUUGUAAGUGCUAAUGUCAUAAUCACUCAAGUUUGCAAAGAUUUGGGAACCUAUUCUUGUCUCUGUUGGAUGAAAUGGUAUUGGACUUAAUGUCAUCCAUUUGAGUGUCAACCAAUGUAUCUCAAAUGUACACUUGUCAUGAACCAAUACUUGUCGGGAAAUGACCACAGGAUAGGCGUUUAUAAUCAUUUGUGGAUUAGGUUUACUCGACGUUUCCUGUCGGUGAUGGAACCUUUGAAUCGAUUUACUUGGACAUUUCAAGGAACACAUCUCGGGUAUGGCGGCGUUUACAUUCACAAAAACACUUGUGACAGCCUGCAUGCGCAUGAGCCCAUGUUGCAAGGAAAUAACUUCACAAGCAUCACCAGCAGACAGUGACAACAUGGAUGUCAACCGUAAUGCACAAAUAGUCAUCAAAAUAUCAGCCUUCGGGCCGUGUUCAAUUUAACUACACUUAGAGCAGCUAGCGAGAGGACAUUUUUGGCCAUGUACAGACACUCCGUUGUUUAUUUUAUUUUUACUGUUUCCAGCAGAUUUUACUAUGCAAGGUUUUUUUUUUGUAACAUCAGUUCUUGUCAUUAGUGUAAAAUAUCCAUUUUUAUUUUUUACCCCUUCAAAUUCCACUUUUUUAGAAUGCGCACGGUGUACAAUUUCAAAAAUUCUAUUUUUGUGGUCAUUUGUCACUGUCAGUAGUAUUUAGCACGGUCUUUUUUUACAGAGCAGAUGAAACUAUUACAUUGUUCAUUUUCUGAACCACUUAUCCUCACUUGGGUGGUGGGCGUGGUGGAGCCUAUCCAAGCAAUUUAGAGCCUUUAAUUAACCAAGCAUCAAUCCAUCCAUCCACCCAUCCGUUUUCAGAACAGCUUAUCAUGUUUCUGGAAUGUAGGAGCACCCGGAGAAAACCCACGCAGACACGACCACGGAGAGAACAUAUCAAACUCCACGCAAGAAAGACAGAGCCCGGAAUCAAAUUCACGACCUCCGAAAUCUGGGCGGACUGCCACUGAUUCAGAUGUUAGGGUGUGAUUCUGACCCUGUGGUUGCAAGGUGUGCUCCUAAAAA